AUCAGAUACAACAAAACACACAUAAGCAAAAGAAACAAAAAAAAAACAAGAAAAAGAUGGAAGAAACUCAGAAUCAUGUAUUACAAGAAGAAGCAGAAGGAUCAAAGAUGGAGAAAGUAUACAUAGCUGUAGGAAACGACUUACAAGAAGGUUUCAAGACGAUAGAUUGGGCUUUAAAGAAAUGGAACAACAUACCAAUCUCCAUCGUUCUUCUCCAUCUCUGCAACAUUUCUCAAGAUUUCGUUUACACCCCUUUUGGGAAGCUUCCAGCGAGUUCUGUGAGCGAGGAGAAGCUUCAAGUACUUAGAAAAUACGAGGACCAAAAGAUCAACAAGUUGUUGUCUAAAUACGUUACUUUUUGUAAAAAGUCACAGGUGAAAGCAGAGUUACACAAGGUGGAGAAGCAAGAUGAUUCAAUCCAAGUACUAAUCUUAGAUCUGAUCACAAAGCUAAGAAUCACAAAACUCGUCAUGGGAAUCACUUUCAUGAGAUCUUCAUCAUCUUGGAAAUCUAAGAGUGCUAUAAGUGGAUCUUUCCAUAUAUACCAAAACAAACCGGAUUUUUGCGAGUUUUAUAUAAUCUGUGGAGGCAAAAUGGUUAUGCUAAAGAGGGAGAGUGAUGUGAACAAUAAUAUUAGAAGCUGGAUUGGUAAAAUGUUUCAUGAUCAUGGAAGAAAUCUAGACCGUUCAUCUAACAGUAAUGAUGAUCCAACGGCUAGUGGAAGUCCAUGGGAUAAGAAUUUGCAGGAGAUGGAGAUUUAUUUCCAGCAAUUAUUGAGUUUGAAUCUUGAAGAAGAAGAUGUCCAAGAAGAGGAUGAAGAUGGUGGUGAGGAGGUGGCACUAGACGUGCUGCAAGAUAUGAAUGUAGGAGAGAAGUUAGAGUAUGUGAGAAGAAAGGUGAAUGAAGCUAAGCUAAUGAUAGAAGACAACAUGAGAGAAGUCAAAGUCAACUCUGAGAGAUCAGACAAAGCUGAAUGGGCCAUCUCUUUAUGCAACUGCAGAAUUGAAGAGCUUGAAGCUGGGAUAAAAGAAGAAACCGAGAAAAGAGAGAAGCUUCAAGGGACGUUAGAUUCAGACAGAGAAUGCAUUGAACAAGCAAAGAACGAUGUGGAAAAAGGAAAAGCUAAGCUAGUUUCUCUUGGUGAGCUUCAAGAAGAGCUUUCAAGCAAGGUUAAGACACUGUCAGAUGCUAAACUACAAUCAGAAGCUGAGUUAGAGAAGGCCGUGUUAAAGAAAGAAGAGAUGAUGAUUGAGAUUGAGAAACUUAGGAACCAAAGAGACGUUUUCAACCGUAGAAUUGAGUUUUGCAAAGAGUUGGUUUCAGAGGAAGAAGAAGAAGUGAAGUGUGGGUAUAGAGAGUAUGUUGCAGAAGACAUAAGACUUGCUACAGAGAGUUACUCAGAUCGCUUGAGGCUAAAAUCUGGAGGUAACUGGACUAAUGUGUACAGAGGAAGGAUCAAACACACAACAAUGGCUGUGAAAGUGAUUGGUGACCGUUUAUCAGAUGAAGAUUUUGCAGCUAAAGUGAAGCUUCUGAAUGAGAUCAGACAUCCUAACUUGGUGGCAAUAGCUGGAUUCUGUUCAGAGAAGCCUAAGUGCAUACUCUUUGAGUAUAUGCACAAUGGUAACUUAAGGGACAAUCUAUUCACAUCUCAAAGGAAAUCAAGAAGAACCAAGAUACUUACAUGGCAUGAUAGGAUCCGUAUAGCUCACCAGGUCUGCUCCGGACUCGGGUUUCUACACUCGGUCAAGCCUAAACCGAUCGUCCACGGUCGUCUUACGCCUUCCAAGAUCCUCCUGGACCGUAACCUUGUACCGAAAAUAACCGGGUUUGGGGUUGUGAUACAACAAACCGAUACAAAACCUGAUGUGAUGGCCUUUGGGGUGUUGCUUUUGCAUCUCUUAACCGGGAGGAACUGGCCCGGUUUGCUUAAAGCGAUGUCGAUGAACCAGGCGAGUAUCUUAAGAGAUUUGGAUCAAACAGCUGGUAAGUGGCCUUUGGAGUUAGCUAAGGAGUUUGGUGCACUUGCUGUGAAAUGCUCUUCAGUGAACAGAGCAGGAGGGAACAUUGAUUUUACAACUAGAGAGAUAAUGCAAGAGCUUGGUAAGAUAAUGGAGAAAGCUAAUGAGUUUAGAAUCAAAGGUGGUUACGAGGAAGCAACUAACACAAAGAUGGAUGAAGCUGAUCCUAAUGAUAUACCGAGUGUUUUCAUAUGUCCUAUACUUCAGGAAGUGAUGAAGAAUCCACAUGUUGCAGCAGAUGGAUUCUCCUAUGAGCUUGAGGCUAUAGAGGAAUGGCUAAGCAUGGGACAUGACACGUCUCCUAUGACGAAUCUGAGAUUGGAUUAUCUAUUUCUUACACCGAAUCAUACUCUUCGUGCUCUUAUUCAAGAUUGGCAUAGCAAAAAAGCAGCACAAGCUUCCUCCUAAGUUGAUACUUUUGUAUACACACACAGAAAAACUCAAUAAAGUUUACAACUUUGUAUUCUAUUUCAU